AGGCAACCACCACCAAGCAACUCAGCGUUCACUCUUCUUCCUCAAACCACCACCUCGCUUCCAACUUCAAGACGAUCAAUGGCACCUAAGCCCGCAUCCACCGCUGGAAAAGCACCUGCAUCGACUGCUGGCAAAGCUCCCGCCAAGAGUGAAGGCUCGAAGGCCGGGAAGAAAACCGCCACCAAGAAAUCGGCAGCACCAGCUGCUGACGGCGAGAAGAAGAAGCGCAAGAAGGUCCGCAAGGAGACGUACUCGUCCUACAUCUACAAGGUGUUGAAGCAAGUCCACCCUGACACUGGUAUCUCGAACAAGGCCAUGGCGAUCCUGAACUCGUUUGUGAACGACAUCUUUGAGCGUAUUGCCACAGAAGCGUCGAAAUUGGCCCAGUACUCGAAGAAGUCAACGAUCUCGUCGCGCGAAAUUCAGACGAGUGUUCGCCUCAUUCUACCUGGAGAAUUGGCGAAGCAUGCUAUCAGUGAAGGCACCAAGUCGGUCACCAAGUUCUCGUCGGCGACCACCACUAAAUGA